AUGCGCAAUGACCGGAAUGGAGUCCAAAAGCGGAGCGGAGAGCUCGCCUCUGAGAGGAAAGUCUAGCUGGCUACCCCGGUGUCUUCUCCGGCUGCUGCCUGCUGGAUUCGCGGGUGAAGUGAAGGAGUUAUGUGCGAUGGCUGGACCUCUGUUUCUGUCUAAUGUCAUGGUGUUCCUGGUGAAUAUAGUGAGCUCUAUUUUCUGUGGACAUUUAGGCAAGAUUGAGCUGAACUCUGUGAUACUCGCUAUUGCUGUCAUAAAUGUUACUGCAAUGUCUGUUGGGACAGGCUUGGCCUCUGCACUUGAUACACUCAUAUCUCAGACAUAUGGCGGUAAAAAUAUGAAACAAAUUGGAAUUAUUUUACAGAGGGGGAUUCUGAUCCUGUCUCUGUUUUGUUUUCCCUGCUCGGCCAUCUUCAUUAACACUGAAUACAUCUUGCUUCUCUUCAGACAGAACCCUGAAGUCGCCAGGUUAACACAAGCAUAUGUGAUGAUAUUUAUCCCAGCACUUCCUGCUGUCUUCCUUUAUCUGCUACAGACACGAUACUUAAACAAUCAGGGUAUAAUAUGGCCUCAGGUGUUUACAGCUGUUGUCGUAAACAUUAUCAAUGCGGCUGUGAAUGCUGUCUUUCUGUAUGGCCUAAAGAUGGGAAUAAAAGGCUCGGCUUGGGCUAAUGCAAUUUCUCAGUUUGCCCUGUGUUUUUUCCUCUUUAUCUACAUAUAUGUGAAAAAACUGCAUGUGGAAACAUGGGAAGGUUGGUCUAGAAAUUGCCUCCAAGAAUGGGGAUCCUUCAUACACCUGGCGAUUCCUAGCAUGCUAAUGAUGUGUAUAGUGUGGUGGAGCUUUGAAAUAGGAGCAUUCUUAGUAGGUCUUAUCAGUGUGGUGGAACUUGGAGCAGAAGCCAUAAUGCUGCAGCUGGUGACAUCGUGUUACAUGAUACCUGUUGGUUUUUCAGUGGCUGCCAGUAUCAGAAUAGGAAAUGCUUUAGGUGCUGGACAUGUGAACCAAGCCAAACUCAUUGCUAAAGUUUCUGUUAUAUGUACUGUGUUUAUUUCUGUGCUGACUGCUGCUCUUGUCGUUGGAUUGAAAGAAUACGUUCCAUUCAUAUUUACUUCAAAUAGAGAUAUUACUCACCUGGUUUCAAGGCUCUUGCUGCUCUUUGCCCCAUUUCAUGUACUCGAAGCUAUUUCCAUCACCUGUGGUGGAAUAUUACGGGGAACAGGAAAGCAGAAGAUUGGUGCUACUGUGAAUGCUGUUGUGUAUUACAUUAUCGGUUUGCCUAUAGGAAUAUCCCUGAUGUUUGUUGUGAAACUGGGUGUAAUAGGCCUUUGGUGUGGAAUGAUUAGCUGCGUUUUCCUUCAAGCCUCUAUAUUUGGAACGUAUAUUGUACAGUUAAAUUGGGACAAAGUAUGUCAAGAGGCUCAAAUUCGAGCUCGAGUAAAACUAAAGAGAAAGGUUCCUGGUCCUUUCACUGCACAGACAGUGAGUCUCAAUUCAGAUGUGGAUAAAAAUGGAGACAUGCAUCACUUUGACUCGUGUGGUGUACAGGAUAAAAACGAUACUGGAAAUAUUAUUUUGUCAGAUAUUUGUUCUGGUGACAAACCCACAGAAAAGUUGGAACAGAAAGAAGAUUGUGUUACAGAAGUAGUCCUCUCGGUGAAGCAGCUGAUAAUUAGACGUGGGCUGGCAGUGGCUUGUGCUGUGACAUCACUGGUUGUAGGUGUAAUAGUUAAAUGUUUAGUUAGCAUUAAAUAAAUUAUUAACGUUAAUUGGAGAUAUCAGUGUAAACUGGAAAUGGCAAUAUGUAACAAACUAUUGUGUGAAAUGCAUUUU